AUGGCCAUCGCAAAACCCUAUUAUGCUCCUGAUUCAGGUGGCCUGCAAAGACGGACCCGUGCAGAUGUGAUUGAACAGCUUCAUACCCGUGUAAAAGAAACUCAGGCAAGGUUGGAAGAAGAUAUCGAGACUAUCAGCAGACAGCGUGUCAAAAUUCUUGAGCUGGAAGACUUGGUCCAGAAACAGAAGACCACAAUCAGCAACCAGAGCAAAGCCAUUGCAGACCCUAAGAGGAUUCGCACUUGGCAGUCCACUAUUCCUAUGCCAAUAUUUCCUCUCACAUACACUCAACAGCGCCCUAGCGUAAGGUCUCCACGUUCAAGCGCCCCAUUGUCAGCCAGCCCUUACUCCUCAAGUGUCCUUACUCUCCCUCCUCCCACGUUUGACCUAUCUGCUAGUACUCCACAGGGCAAACUUCUGAGUCUGGAAGAAAACUCCAAGACGUCACUUAGCCGCAAGAGGAGCGGUUUUCCGAUGCGCGUUUGCUCCCUAGGUCCUUCAUUCGAUACCGAAACAGUCUUUCGGGUGAUCUCGACCAGACUUCAGAGCCUUUUCUCAAGGACGCAGACGUUUGGCCACAUGUAUACCAAAUUUCCUAGCAUACAAUUUGAUAGUCAGUUGAACCCGCGGGUUAAGGAAUAUGUCAUGAAUAUCUCGGAUAAGAUCCAUGCAUCAACUUUGCUAGGAAAUCCAUGCACUAGGCUCUGCGUGGUUGCGAAAGCAAUCAACUUCUACCUCGUUCAGCAUAUCUUGCAACCCAUAGUCGUCAGAGGGUUCGACGCUCAGAUGGAAAUGGAGCUCAAACAGAUACAGAAGCACUUAACCAUAGUCCAGGUCCGGACUUUGGCUGAUCGUCGCAUUUCUCUGGUUCUACCAAAGCGUUGCUACACGUCGAAUCCCGCGAAUGCUGCGACCAACGACAACAGGGUAGCCAGGAGGCCUGAAUUUCACGACUACUUUGUUACACAUUUACCAUCUUCAUCUCUUCAUCCAGAUCCCCGAGCGCCAGUAAACUCCUUCUACAAACUUCCUCGCUCCGCCUCCGUUCCUCAUACCGGAGAGUCAUCUCACCCCCCAGCCUCCUUCCAGCCGCUGGUCGACCGGGAGACGACAGUCGUACGCAUCCCUCUUCGAAGCGCGAAACACCACUUCGGCGCAUCUACUUCCCGUGGAACUCGUCCGGAGAAUGAAGAUACAUAUCAAGCUGGUGUGAUCGACAUUCCUGCAUUUGCGAGGCGUCCCCCUGCGUCCCUGACGAUCAAACGAUCGGGUGCCCAUGGGUCCCCUGCACCCCGCGAGAGUCAAGGGGCGGAGACUGCUAGUGGCGAUCCACAGGUUUUCUAUUUUGCAGUAUUCGACGGCCACGGGGGAAACGAAUGUAGCACAUUUCUACAGCACACGCUUCAUGAGUACAUACAGGAUUCGGCAGCGUCGUUCGAGCUCCAGUCCAGUCUAAAGAAACACCGGGAUGGCCAUUAUUCUAAGGACACAGAGCCGUCCACUGGGGAUUUGCCUAUUCUGCAAGACGCCAACUCGCAACGAAUCGGGGAAUUAGAAAAGCACCUCGUCCGAGAUUGGCGAACCCUAGUCGGAGGGUACUUCAAGAGAUUUGUGCCUCCUCAUUUCUCACAUAUUGGGAGAGGUGCCCGCGGAGAGCCAAAGGCACUGUCCGACCUACCCGAGGGUGUUACCAUUGAAGAGGUCCUUGAAUACGCCUUCCUCCGGACCGAUCUGGAGUUUGUGUCGGCACAAGCGGCGAAACAAGGCGAUGAAUUGGAGAACGUGGGUCACCCUUUAUACCAGGACAAUAUCCUCUACGGCCGUGAUCGUACACCGUCUCUACACGUCGGGGGAGUGAGACGAUUCAAGGGAGGUAGCACGGCUAGCCUCGCGCUCAUAUCGACCCCGACCCCUACCCCUUUCUGGCAUCCGUCUGGCCCGUCUAGUCUGUUGGUGUCCCAUGUCGGCGACACACGGAUACUAUUAUGUUCUACAGAGACAGGCGAUGCCAUUCCGCUGACCUCCAACCAUCAUCCGGCGUCACCGAUUGAGGCGAGUCGCUUACGACGAUAUGCCACUACAUUCGUGACUGACUCGUUUGGAGAAGAACGCAUGAGCGGAUUGGCCAACACGCGAGCCUUUGGUGACGUUCAAUCGAAACGGAUUGGCGUAUCAGCCGAGCCAGAGCUCCGAAGGAUUGAGAUGGCCCCUGCGGAGUACUCUUUUUUGGUCCUCAUGUCUGAUGGCAUCAGUGGCACGCUCAGUGACCAAGAGGUUGUCGACAUCAUUAAAGAGGCCAGGACUCCCGAGCAGGGGUCUCGGGAUGUGGUCAACUUUGCGAAUGAAGUGACAAAGGAGGGAGACAAUGCAACCUGCCUCGUCGUCCGACUAGGUGGUUGGGAACGACGACUUGAAGGCGGUUUAGGAAGCAUGGGAACGAAGGAAUCUCGAGAAUUUCGCCGACAAGAAGCGACUGAUCCGCGUCGGUCACGGCGAUGA